AUGUCUACUUAUUGGAACAUUGGAAAAGCCCAGUCUGAGCCUUGCUUUUCCUCUGACUCUUUUCCCAGAGUGACAUGCAUAAGAUUCUGCAUCACUCAUGAGCCUUGGCUCAAAGUCCUGCUGAAUGAAGAAAAAAGUGCUGUCAAUUUUCUUGUGAUAUGGGAGACAGACAUGUCACAGCAAUCAGCAGUUAGUAACAUUGGACAUCCAUCAGCGCCACCUGGUGGAGCCAGAGGGAUUAACAGACAUGCUGAAGCAGCAGCAGAGAGUCAAGAAGGGGUUGCUCAAAUUGUUCACAGGAUCCUUUUGCAGAGUGCCCAUGUGAUUGUGCCUGAGAAGCUGGCAAAAGCUCUUUCCUCUACUGUAGCAGAUGUUGGCAACUGUGGCAGCAGUCAGCUGAGCAACUGCAAUAGGCCAGGCAGUGAUGCCCCAUCAGCACCACAGCAGCAACAGCAACAGCACCAACAAACUCAGGGUGCCAUUUUGGGCCUGUCUCUCUUGCUGUUCCUCCUCCUGGCCUUGGUCAUCAUGGCUGCCCUCAUAUGGAUAGUCCACUUGUCACUUGCUCUCACACAGGCUCGCCAAGAGAUUUUUUACUACAAUUCCUCAUCUUACAAUGCCUAUGACUAUUAUGGCUCUGCUGCUGUGGACAAGAGUGAUGAUGACCCAGUGAGGCUUGGGCAUUCUGGAAAUGACAACUGGAGAGACUCUGGAAUCCAGAAUGAUCGUUAUGGGGUUGAUGACCAUGCUGCUUUCAAGAUGGAGAGGGACAGCAGCACUGCAGCCGGCGGGUUGAUGGCGCACGACCUGAGAAACGACACGCGACAUCUAGUUGUCCCGCCGGAGAUCAUGCGGCGUUUCGGCGUCGAGUACGUCCAGAUGAGCCCCGAUGGCGUCCGCGCCCUGUUGCAGAGCGAAGUGACGCCCGUGUUCAAGUACUCCGAGUUGUCCAUUUGGCGAGUGUGGCACACUCAGCGCAAGACCGUGGUCAGGCUCAAGCCGCCCCUGGGGCACACCAACGUGUUGGAGGAUUAUGCUGGAGAUAGGCUGUACUUUGCCGAAUGGGCCCCUGACUCCCAGGGCAUAGUUUUUUUGUACAGAACAAAACUGUUUUGGCAACCCUUGCCCAUCAAGUCUGAAAUUCCAGCCAUUUUGUUGCAUCAGUAUCCAGACUUUUUGCACAGAACAGUGUUCCUUGCCAUGCCUGACUGGUCCUAUGAAGAGGAUGUGUGGUUCUCUGGUCGCGCUCUGGCAAUGGAUGGCGGUGCCUCUGGCAAUCGGGGCACAACCAAAAGAGUGGCAUUUGCAGUUGUCUAUUCCAAACAUGUGGGAGCAGCAGCAAUUCCUCAAUAUGGAGAGCAGAAUGCUUUCUACCAAUAUCCCAAAUUCACUGAAAUCAAGUACCCAAAGGCAGGUUCAGCAUUGCCAGUUGUGAGGCUGUAUGUGAAGAAUGUGCCUCAGCAUCCUACAGAGAAAAUCAGUGGAACUGCUGAUGUCCUUCUUGAAGAGGAAGACACCAAGAACUUGAUUUUAAUAAAUCCCCCUGAACCAAUCUUGGAUGAGUUCCAGCAGGAAAAAGAAAACCUCUUGCUGGCAAAGUUUGCCUGGAUCCCUGGCCAUGAUGGUCACCUAAUGGUGGUAUGGAUGAACAGGGCUCAAAACACCUCAUGGUACACUGUGUGCAAAGAACCAAAACACGCAGACAGCCAGGAAAUCUUUGACUAUGAAUGCACAGUGGUGCAUACACACAAAUCCAAGCACUGGAUUUUGCUGACCAAGACCCUGGUGUUCAACAAGGCUGGCACUUUUGUGCUGGACAUUUUCCCCAGGAAUUGCAUUGGAGACUCUGAGAGGAAAGAUGAUGAAGAUGCUCCAUAUGGCAUCUUCCAAAUCAGCACAGAUCCAGAAAAAUCAUGGAUUCAUGUACUGGGUUCAGCCUCUGUGAUCCCUGACCAGUUUGGCAUCCUGCACUGGUAUGAAGAUGAGGGUGAGCAUGCUGGCAAGGAUACCCCCACCAGUUGGGUAUUUUAUGUUGGGGUACCAUCUUUGAACACCACUCAAUCUCAUGUGUACAAGUUGGCUGCUGGGUCCAACAUUUCAGAAGAUGACAGAAAGCCAGAAGAACACCACUGCCUGACAUGUCUGUUGUCCAACUCCAGAGACCAACCUUGUCUCUACAACUUGGCAAGUUUCAGCCCAACUGGGCGCUAUUUUGCCAUCAGCUGUGAAUCCCCAUUUGAACCACCACAGCUUUCCAUCUAUGAAAUGCACUCAUUCCGCAAAAUGGUGGUGCUGAAUGACAACCAAGCUGUUUUUGACCUGCUGACUCCUCUUCUGCCAAGUUUGCCCUUGAUUAGAGAUUUGGGGCCAUUCACUUUGUCCAAGAACAAGAGAGAUAAAGGUGCUGUGGGCAGUGCCAGGUUGUUUCUCCCAUCAGACCUCAUUGCCAAUCUUGACAAUAAUGGCACUGAUGGUGCAGAUGUAGGAAUUGACCCAUUCCCUCUGGUGGUGCAUGUGUAUGGGGCACCAGACCAUAAGCUCAUCACAGACUCAUACCUCUUCAACACCAAUGCUGAAGGUCUGGCAGUUGCCUUAGCCUCAAGUCAUCGCAUUGCAGUUCUCUUUGUGGAUGCAGUUGGAAGUGCUUACCAACCAGUCAAGAGGAUCUUCAACUCAGCUGAGAAUCCUUUAGAUCCAGAGAGUGAGGGUUGGGAGCCAUUGCUGACAGGCAAGAGACAGGCCUUGGAGCAACUGGAAGCCAUUAGGACAGUGACUGAGUUGCCAUUCAUAGACACAGACAAAGUUGCAAUUUGGGGGUGGAGCUAUGGUGGGUUCUUGGCUGGACAUGUGAUGGCAUUGGACCAAGCUCAAACUAUUGGCUGUGGAGCCCUUGUGGCACCUGUGGUCAACUGGAUCUACUACAGCGCCCUCUAUGCAGAGAGGGGUUCAGACUUGGCAGCCAAACCUUACCUGUUCAGAAACAAGACCUUGUUGCUGGUCCAUGGGUCUGGUGACAGCAAUGUGCACAUAGAAAACACUAUGGCUCUGGUGGCAAGUCUGCAGACAGAUGGUAUCCUGAACAACUUCUGCAGGGGAUUUGUUCAAAAGCUGGUCUUUCUAUUCCCAUACAAGGAUGAAGAAGUUUGGCUGUUGGAAGAUGUGAAGAAAAGAGCUGAAGCCAUGUUUCAAGAAGCCCUGGGCAUUAUGGAGGAUGGACUAGAUGCAGAUGGCGCCACUGGAGGCUGGAAGCUAAACAAGGAAGGGGAGGCAGGUGCAAUGCUUUAUUCCAGGAAGCUUUCUGGAAGUAAAAGAGGGAAGAUGCCUUUGCCAGCAGAGCAGUUCAUGGAGAAGUUCUUCUCAACUGAAGCCUGGAUCACCAUGCCACAAUGGAAUGAGACUAUUCUAGAUGCCAGAGUGUUGCAGACACUUAAGAACCAGUACGUUGUGUGCUAUGAGAGCCUGGGGCCAGUCAAACUGGUGACUGGGGUGUGUCCCCCAGUCAAGGGCAUAGUGAGGGCAGAGUGUGGGCCAUGUUGUGUCAGGGUGGUGCCAGACCCUGAGAGUCCCUCAACCAGUUCCUUCCUCACCUGGACUGUGGACAUGGACUUCAAGCUCCAGUGGUUCCCUGAUGCAGUCUUCAACCAAAUCUUCCACAUUAUGGCUGCUUCUGGUAGAGUGACCACAUUCAAACAGCGCUCUUCUGCAGCUGAGCUUGAUGCCCUGGAAGUGGAAGCAGAGAGGAUUUUUUCAGCAGGAUGGGAAUAUUACUGCAACAAGACAGACUGGAAAUUGAAUAAAGAAGGUGCUAAUGGUGCUGUCAUCUAUGCCAAGAAGAACCCACACCCUACUGGCAACAAGACAUUGUUCAAGCUCUAUGGCAGAGUGGAGCUGAACCAAGACCUGUUUGUGAAAAAGUUCCUUGGGAUGGAAGAAGCAGAGUCUGUGCCCAAAUGGAACACUACCAUGGCCUUGGUGCAGCAGCUUCAGGCUCUGGGCCCUGAGACUCACAUCAUGUACCAGGCCACCACUGCCAUUGGGCCAGGUGGGAUGGUGUCCUCCAGGGAUGUCACAUUGCUCAGGCGCAGUAAGAAGUUGCCUAUUCAUCCUGAUCAAGGAAUCAAAGGAGGUUACAAGUUUGUGCUUUGCUAUGCAUCCAUCAAACUGGAUGAUGUGCCAGCAGUAAAGGGCAGGGUUCGCGCAGAGUGUUUCCCCAGUUUGGCAGUGGUGGAACCAGCGCCUGAUAACCCAGAGGGCGCUGUCUUCCUCACCUGGGUAGUUGACAUGGACCUCAAGCUGUCUUACAUCCCCACUGCCAUCUUCAACCAGGUUUUCCAGUAUCUGCUAUUUGACAACAUGCACUGCAUUGUGGAAAGAAGCAAAAAGCUAGCCAUCAAUCCUGAUGAUGAAGAAAAUUGACUGCUUUGCACAAUUGCUGGUCUUUCUGAGCUGCUGCAAAAUAAGUGCCCAAAACAAUGGGAAUUUCUGUUAUUGUCCUAACAUUUGUCCACCAAACACAGGCCAAAAAUAAAUGAGUGCAGAAACUG